ACCGAGAGCGAGCGAUGGAGGGGGGAGGCACGCUAAUGAAAUAUGGCUCUAUUGUGUCCUUACUUGUGGUUCUGUUGGCGCUCUGGUUCCGGUCACCCCAGAAUAUGGUGCUGGACGACCGGCUGGACACCGUCCUGUCCUCGCUGCUCCGGGCUGAGCGGAAGGUCGGGAUGAAUAACGUCGCCAGACCGAGAGUGGCGGUUGGUUUCGGUGGUUGUGUUGACCUGAUAGUGGACGGUGUGUCGUUGCUUAAAAAGAUAGGCCUCCCUCCCACAGACCAGCCCCUGCAUCAUGACUACUUAGAAAAUGCCGAGCAGCUGGCGCAGAGCUUUGCCUACUUCUUUGCACCGGGAGCUGCCGCAGAACGUUUUAUGCUAAACGACACCCUCUUCAGCGAGCUGGUCGAGGGGGCCCGUGACUUACCUGGAAACAGAUGGUCAGUAGGCGGCAACGCUCCGGUAAUGGCCGGCCGCAUGGCAACCGAGGGAUGUGAUGUGUUGCUAGGGGGAAGUUUCAGCCCGGAUUUUACUGAUGUCCUGUCCCAGCACAUUACAGUGGCAGGUGAUGUAGUAGAAGAGCCAGACAUUCAUCUGAUCCUGGAGUAUCCGUCUGGUGCGAGCUGGGGCCACUAUACCUCACGUAGAGCCAACAGAUAUAUCAUUCACAGUGAUGACCACAACCCCUACCUGUCCUCCAUGGAGGAGUUUGCUGAGAAGCUGGAAAACUUCAGACCAGAUCUGCUGGUGGUGGGUGGGCUGCAAAUGAUGGACAACUUCCCCUUCCAGUCAGGUGAACGAGAAGCUCUCCUGUCACGCCUGGCAGAGCUUUUGACGUCCUCAUCUCCGCAGAUUGGCAUCCACUUUGAGAUGGCCAGUUUUGUAGAAGAGACUAUAAUGGAAGACCUUCUUCACUAUGUCAUUCCCCAUGCGGACUCAUUAGGGAUGAAUGAGCAGGAACUCCCCAACCUGCUCAGCCUGCUCAAAGGCUCCAACAUCACAGUGCUGUCAGACCCAAACCCUCGUGUAGCUACCGUCCUCGACCAGAUGAGGGAGGUCUAUCGCAUUUUGAAUCAGCGCUACAAGGAUGACAGUGCAGAGAGUGACACAAACAGUGGUAUGAAUAAGCCGCUGACCCGACUCCACGUCCACACGCUGGCCUUUCAGGCCAUGAUUGUGACUCGUGGCUCCCAGUGGAAGAACACCAUGUCAGCCACUGCCAAGGCCUCCCUCACAGCGAACCGCCACGUCUGUGGCUCCAAUGACAUUGACCCCAAUAAGGCCAGGCUCAUCAUGGAUGACUCUUUCUCUGUUAGCCGGCGGGAGGGAAGCCAGCGUAUCCCUCUGCAGGAGAGUAGGCCAGUCAGCUGCUGGGAUGAGGAUGACUAUGAGAUCUGUGUGGCACCAGUGCUGGUAUGCACUGAGGUUUACCAAACUGCAGGAGGAGGAGACAACAUCUCAGCUGCUGGUCUGGUGCUGCAGAUCUAGUGAAGGACAUUACGUGGUCUAUGUUUGUGUAGUGCUAACUAGAUGUUGGCAAAUGUUGUGACUCUGGAAACUUGAUCUCAGUGUGAUGCACACUAGCUGUCAGGUACCGACGCAGGUAUCAAGCUAAUGCUAUCACCUUUGCAGCUAUUGGCCCAGGUGGACGACAAGGUAAACAGAUCUCAUGAGAGUCACAUGAUGGAGUGCAGUGGUUUUUAAUCAGGUCAGGACAUCACAUUGUGAUUAUACAAAAACUAAUUUUUUUUUUAGGAAGAUACAAUGAAAAACCAGUAAGUUCAAAAGCUAAUCUUUUACAAAUAUGGGGGAGUUUUUCUGCAUUUGAUUCUCAGUUAGGUGUAUGUGUGUUUACACCGGGUGAGGGCACUGUCACUGCUUUAAUCCCUCUUGCUUUCACAUUGUGUACAUUUAAUAUUUAGUAUUUACGCUGUCUUGGCCUGAGCACAGUUGCAACCAGUUGAUUUGAUUUUCAGAACCAAACCAUACAGCAAACACCGUCCUGCUGUGUCCCACUUAGAUUCCACAGGAGCAACAUGUUUGCAGGUCACUGUAGUCCAUCAUCUGACUCUAUGAAUUUUAAUGGCGGCUUUUCUUUGUUUCUCCAAGGCCUUACAAGGCCUUCCAAGGCCUUCCUAGGCUUGACCUUUACUCAGGAUGAGAUAAGGAGGGAUGAGGUUUGGGUAAAGUUCAACACAGACCCCAGGUUGUUUUUGGGUAGCCUUUGUCAUGGCCUACUGUAGAACAAGAUCUGUUUGUAUCAGUUCAACCCGGGACUCCGCUAUGCAGCAAAUGUAUACAAAAGAUUCAGAAACAGCUGAGUCUUCUGUUUCGUGGCAGCACAUUCAUUAGGUGUCGUCACCUACUUGAAAUCUGCAUUCCCAAGCCUUUGACCUCACCUGCCUUUGAGCAAACCAACCUUACGCUGAAAAUGUGCCACAUCUGAACCAUUUUAAUGAAAGACUGUCCUGCCUCUUUCCUCUUCUAUCUCAUUCUUUAAGUCACGGAAAGAUUUACAGUAGAGAGCUCCUGUUCUUCCCAGUAUAUGUGAAAAGUGUGCUUAGUGGUUUGGGUGUGUUUGUGUUUGGAUUGUCAUUCCUCUGUGGUUCAGUUGCAGUGCAAUUAUGCAAAAAAAUGAUGUUAAAGAGACCACUGGUGGUAGCUGGAUAUGAUGUCAAACUUUUCCUCUCUACCUCUGUUUCUCUCUUUGUUUCCUUUCUCUUUUUCUAGCUCCCAUCUCUGUUCUGUUUCCUCAUAAUUUUAUCUGUCACAUUUCUUCUUCUCUUUAUCUUGUCUCGGUUUAUGGCUCUGUUUGAGGACCAAAUAGCCAGUGUGGACUGCCCAGACAACAGAGCUGCAGAGAGAAUGAGCCUCACAUUCUUACAUGAUGUGGCUGAAUACAGUGGAACAAAACAAUCUCAUCUUUAUUAUUUUUUUUAACAGGACAUGGUAUUAUUUACUUGAAGCCAUGAUGUGUUACACGCCAUGAAUCCCAUUAAUCUGUGGAAUAGUGGACCACUCACAAAUGAUUUUGUCCAUAUUUACGUUGUUCGACUACAAGAAUGAUCCAACAUGGCGUGUUGCUUCCUGUUGCCCUCUCACUUUUCACCACCACACUUUCUUUUUUCUUAAUUUGAUGAUCUAUAGGUGAAAGUAGGGCCUUGACUCUACAUGACCAUCAUCACACCUUUUAGGGUUGACUUCACUUACAUUGUAUUUACUGAUGCAACUGGACUAACUGGGAACGAUGCCAUCUCUUCUCUUUUCUCACUAUGUACAAAUCAAACAUUCCAACACAGACCAGGUGAAGUUAUUUUCUCUCUUCAGAAUCACACGUUUCAACAUGUCGGACAAGUCCACUGCAACAUGCAAGCUGACUAUUUUUCUAAGACAAAUUGUUAUUUGUUUCUUAGUUUUCUAAAACGCGCUUGUCAAAGAGCAAAGCCCACUUUUAACAAGGAACGUUUUCAUGAUGUUACAAAGUAUGAAGCCAAGAGAAAAAGAUGAACGUAAAGGUGGAAGAAAUCCCUUUAAGUCUUUUCUCUGUGUGUCAGAACUGAGUGGGUUUGAUGCUGUUGUUUGGGGAACGCUGAAGGUAAAUGAGCCUUAUUCUGUUUUUACUUUUGUGUUUAGUGAAAAGGAAUUGUUUAAUACAGACUUUUUUCUAUCACUAGAAGUGUUUUUUUUUGUUUUUCCUGAUGUCAUUGUCGUAAACGGUGAUCGGGAGCCAGGAGUAACGGGUUAUGUUUUUACUGUGAACUGAAAUCAUAGCAUGCCUUCAUGCUCAUAAGGAACUGCUUGUGUUUGCCACCACUGUGCUUAUCUAAGCUCUAGAUAAGUCACAUCACCCAUGUCCCAAAGUUGUGUUUAACUGUUUUCAUGCAUGUUGACUAUUCAAUGCAGAAUCACCUGAGAUAAAAUGCUAUGCUGAUUAUGCAA